AUGAUGCCGGCGCCCACGACGCCGGCCGCGGUCGACGGCGACGGAUCGCUCUCAGCCGAGCCCUUGCCAGUGCCCGUGCCCGCGGCCGUGCGGACGCAGCCGCGCGCCGACGCCGACGCCGCGCCCCGCCCCUCGGAAGAUGACUCGGAGGAGGACGAACCAGUGGAAAUUCAGUUGUCAGAUGUCACGAUGCAUCCGAAGGGGACCCCAGCGCCGGCAUCAUCCGUCGCAAGGCGCGCUACCUACCCGACGCUCGAGCACGACGACCACGACCCCGGCCCCCUCGCAGAGCGCAUCAGGCGCGACAAGCGCGAGGCGUCCCACCGCUCCUCCGACGACUCCUCCUCCGACCGCGACUCGUGCGGCACCGGCUCCACUAGCGAGGCGAAUGACAUAUUCGACACCCUCGAAGACCAUCUCGGCUACGGUUCCGACUCCGGCUCCGGCUGGUAG